CCGAGCCAAACUCUAUCCGAGGCCCCUCGGGGUGGAAGAACUGUACAUCGGAGCCCAGGAGCUGAGGGGAGCAUAGGACAUCGCGUCCCCUCCAGACCCUGCCCCCCUUAUUCCAUCCCGCACCCCCAAAAUCUCACCCAAGCCUCCGACCACCACACGCAUUCACACUACAAAAGCUCAGCUUGAACACUCUGCUGCCGCUGCCGCCGCCACCGUGCCACUGGAUCUGAGAAUACAGCUUUUGGGAACUCCUGGUAGAAAGUUUCAACUGCCAGAGCCCUGAGUAAUGUCCUGAGGAUGAACGGGUGUUUUCCAGUUGCUGGCCUGAGAUGCCUAUCUAGGGUGUGCUGUACUUUACUUCGGGACGGUCCCACCCUCCCCAGCCCCUCUUCUGCUGCUGUCCGGCUGCUUCGAACACUGGUAGAAACCCCGCCUGCUGACACCCCCCUCCUGGGGAACUGGUGGUGGAUGUGCCAGCGUCGCUGGCCCGAGCGGCUCGCUAACCAUCCUCUCCCUGGCGGGCUCCUGCUGCGCCCCUUCUCGCUUGCUCCCUCCUCCCAGGACGGCACAAAAAUGGCGGAGCCAGGGACGCCCCGCUUCCUGCUAGUCUUCGACUUUGAUGAGACCAUAGUAAACGAGAAUAGCGACGACUCACUCGUGCGCGCCGCGCCCGGCCAAAAGCUGCCCGACAGCCUUCGGGCCACGUACCGCGAGGGCUUCUACAACGAGUACAUGCAGCGGGUCUUCAAGUACCUGGGGGACGAAGGCGUGAAGCCGCAGGACGUCCGGGAAGUCUACGAGGACAUCCCGCUUACUCCGGGCAUGACCGACCUCUUCCAGUUCCUGAACAAACAGAGCAGCUGCUUCGAGAUCAUCCUUAUCUCCGACGCCAACACCUUCGGUGUGGAGAGCUCCCUGCGUGCCACGGGAUACCGCGGCCUCUUCCGCAGCAUCAUUAGCAACCCGUCAGGCCCAGACGGGCACGGCAUCCUGGUGCUGAGCCCUUUCCACUCGCACACCUGCCCUCGCUGCCCCUCCAACAUGUGCAAGCACAAGGUGCUCAGCGAAUACCUGCGCGAGAGGGCGCGGGACGGCGUGCACUUCGAGCAUCUCUUCUAUGUGGGCGACGGAGCCAAUGACUUUUGCCCCAUGGGGCUGCUAUCUGGUGGCGACGUGGCCUUCCCGCGCCGCGGCUUCCCCAUGCACCGUCUCAUCCAGGAGGCCCUGAAGGCCGAGCCUCCCAAGUUCCGGGGCUCCAUGGUGCCCUGGGAGUCAGCGACCGAAGUCCGUGGCCACUUGCAGGAGAUUUUAAAGAAAUGCUGAGGGGAGGAAGCGGGCGGUUCUGGUUCUGCUGGCUGGGAAAGGCGCAGCUCCUGGGCUGCCUGGCCUCCCCGAACCCUCAUCCCCUUUGUAUGCCUCCGAGGGGACCCAGGAAAGCGAAACUGUGUUUUAACCACCAACACCAGAACUUUUCCCCCCGCCCCUCCCCCAUUCACUCCCGAAUUUGUCUUCUCACUCCCCUGGACCAGCCCCUUCCAAAUGCGCUGCGAGAGCCCUGGAUCCCAUCCAUUUGGGAGAUGGGCGAAGGGCGCAAACACACACACGCAUGUGUGCAUAUAUGAAUGUGUGGUGGGUGCAUAACCUAUAUGAAGGGGGGGGGGGCGGGGCGGGC